UUGGGCUCGAGAACGUCGAUGAUGACGAAGACGCGGAGAAGCGUAGCAACUCAUCGUCAGUGUUGAAGAAAAUGGCGUCACCAGUCACAGGUGCUAUGGAUGCAGUACACAGACUGAGCAUAGGCAAGAAACACAAGGACGAGAAGAAAGAGGUGUGUGGCUGUGGGCACUUGGUGGGCAGUGGAUGUGUGGUGUUGUAUUGA